CCACAGCAGUUGAAGGACGUGUAUUGCAGGUAUCGUUUCCCGGACCCAACGGUAUGCCGAACGUCAACGGAUUUACCCACGAGGACGACAUCGUCUUGAUCGACUUGAUCCGCAACAACCGCGAGCUGUAUGACGCCAAACACAAAAUGCAUAAGGACAUCGCGUUCAAGGACCGUAUAUGGAACGAAAUAUCAAUUGAGAUCGGGAAAUCGGUGUAUCAAUGCAAGAGAAGAUGGAAAAAUAUAAAGGCUUUUUACUUGAAGAAUAAAAAUAUGGUAAAUGGAUCGUCAGUAUAUAACAAUUGGUCAUUAUCAACUUAUGUAUCAUUUCUAGAUGAAAAUCCGUGUGGGAAAAACAUUCAAAAUGGUAAAGUACAAUUGGAACUUGGGGAGCAGAUCUUUGAUAAGUUUUUACAUGGUGAUGGUUCGGCAUUGCCAUCUUCUUCUUCCGCUGAGAAAAGUGCCCAAUCUAAAGAAAACAAAAUAGCGGUUAUUUUGGCCGAGGGAUUAAAAGAAAGAAAUGAAAUAUUGUACAAUAGCUUGCAGAAGCAAAUUGAAAUACUUGACAAUACUUCAUUUACGGUCACAAUUCAAUAUGAACAAAACGCCACUUCAGAUGUUCAAUGUGAAGAAUCGAAAAAUGAACAUGGAGAACACGUUGCUGAUGAGACUGCCUAUGGCAGAGAAUUUACAUUGCCACAACUAUCACCAGACACGGUGUCUUGUUACUUAGCUGAGAAACUUGCUCAAUCAAAAGAAAGAAAUACGAUUUUACAAAACUUGCAAAAACAAAUUGAAAUACUUAAUAAUAAAUCAGAAACUACUAAAUCAUUGGAUUUGUUUUUUAAAAGCGUAUUAUUGGAUGUUCAAGAUUUCUGCCCUCGUGCAAUUGAUGACAUAAAACCCAGGAUUUUAAAAUGUGUUUCUGAAGUCAGGGAAAUGUAUCAUAACUCAAAUGUAUCGCCAGAUAAUUUGUCUUGUUCCACUGGUGAAAAAUGUACACGCCUUGACGGAGGAAAUACAAUAUUAUUCAACUUGCAAAAACAAAUUGAAAUGCUUAAUGGACAAUUAGGGAUCACUAAGACAAUGGAUUUAUUUUUUAAGAGUGUGUCAGCAGACAUAGAAGAUUUCUGUAUUCGUGCCAUUGAUGAUGUGAAACUCAAAAUUUUGGAGUGUGUAUCUGAAAUCAAAGAUAUGUAUUCUAACCCAGAUGUAUCUUCGGUGACUUCUUCCAUUAAUGGUAACACAACACCCAACUAUGUUCUGCCACACACUCCACCUAUAAACUUCAACAAUAUACCAAGUUCACCACCUCAAGGAUUUAUAACAUAUUUAAAUGUACCUCUGUAUUGCAAUGAGCCGGCUAAUUAUGUAAAUUCAUAUUAUUAAAUUGAGAAGAAAACAAAAUAGUUUUAUUAGUAAUGUUUUUAGAUUGGUUUGAGUCCAAUGACUUAAUUACAGAUACCUCAGUGGAAUAUGUGUCAUAUACUUAUACCCACCUGUUAAAUUUUUUGAUGUCUUUGUUGUAACUUUCUUAAGCUACCUAAUAAUAAAGUAUGUAUGUAAACAUGAAUCAACAAUUGCAGAUUUAAUUAAAUUAAUCUUAUUUAACCACCUACUUUAUACAAAAAU